UUUUCCGCUUUCCGGUUAUGCAUUUUAUUUAUUCUGGGAUUGCAAUUGCUAUGUGGUGGGUGAACUAUUGCUGUCGAUAAUUGUAAAUUUUGUUUUGGCUGGAUUUAUUUGCUCAAAUUAAAAACUUUUUAUCUGUCAAACUCUUUUAAAUCUGAUUUUACAUAUUUUUUUCAAAUUGGCAUCUGCUUUAUAUUGUAACUUCGGGCAAAAGUAGGUCAAGUCAAGUGUAGUAGCCGAGUUCACGCAAGACAGGAACAUUUUUCAUGUUCUUCCUCGUGGUCUAAACCUGUUUGGAUAGGAUGGGUGACGAGGUGCGAGGUCGUGGACGAGGGCGGGGAAGAGGGGUGAGGCCUCCAGCGGCAGGGGGGCCGCCCGCGGGACCCACACAGCCCCAUCAGCCGACAAGGGGCGGAGGGGCGAGAGUGGCCCAGCCGGGGCCAGCACCACAGGCGGGGCUGCCGGGGCGGGCCACCACCAGUCGUGGCAGGCAGCAGGCAUCUGGGGGCGGCGAUGAGCUCACUUCAGCCAUGAGAGGACUCGCUGUCAAACAGGAAGUCACACCAGCUGGCCCAUCAGGUUCUGGAGAUACAAUUGGUAGAGGCGCUUUGCGAGGCACUCGAACCAUAGAAAGACCAACGUUCAUCCGUACUAAGCCGGAUAGUUGCGCAAACAAACAAGGUGUGACUGGUCAGAAGGUGGUCUGCACAGCCAACUAUUUCGCCAUCGAAACGAAAGCAGAUUGGCACCUGUACCAGUACCGGGUUGACUUCAACCCCGAGGAAGACCGCACCAUGGUCAAGCGUGCGCUGCUGUCCAAUCAUCGCGCUCAAUUGGGCGGCGGAUUUGUAUUCGACGGAACCAUGUUAUUCACCCAUCAACGUCUGGCACCUGAUCCAAUGGAACUAGUGUCAAAGAGGAAGCACGAUGAUCAAUUCAUAACGAUGACUGUGCGCAUGGUGGAUAAAGACGCCAUCAAGUAUGGAGAUCAAACCUAUCUCCAAGUGCUGAACAUCGUCGUCAGAAAAUGUAUUGCCAAUUUGGAUAUGACUCUAUUGGGGCGCAACUACUAUGAUCCAAAAGCUAAAAUAACAAUUCCUGAAUUCAGCCUUGAGUUGUGGCCUGGAUAUCUAACUUCGAUGCGCCAACAUGAACAUUCUUUCCUACUUUGUGUGGAAAUAAUCCACAAAGUGCUGCGUCAAGAUACGGCUUAUGACCUGCUGAGAUUAGCCAUGCAGAGAGACUCCCGCAACUACCAGGACAUAUUCAGAAAUGAAAUGAUCGGUCAAGUGGUAUUGACCAGUUAUGGUAACACCGCCACUUACAAAGUGGAUGACGUGGAUUUCACCUCAAACCCUGACACCACUUUCGACAUGAAAGGAGUCAAGACUACCAUCCGCGACUACUACAACUCGAAAUACGGUUUGAAAAUUCAAGAUGGCAGACAGCCGCUGUUGGUGUCGAGGCCGAAGGCGAGAGACGAGCGUGGCGGCCGCGAUGGUCCCAUCUUUCUGGUGCCUGAGCUCUGCCGCAUGACUGGCAUCACCGACGAAAUGAGAAACAACCAGAACCUGAUGCGCGCGAUGGCAGACAGAACCAGGAUGGACUCUCGCACUCGCCAAGAGAGACUAAUGGUCUUCCAGAAGAGAUUCACUCAGACUCCCAAGAAUGCAGAGGAGCUUAAGAAUUGGAAUCUGAGUCUAUCGAAGAAUUUGGUGUCUAUGAACUCGAGAAUUCUGCCACCAGAGAGAGUGCUGUUUGGUGGUGGAAACGCAGUGACUUUGGACCGCGGCCCAGACUGGACGAACAAUUUCAGAAACUGUAGUCUGCUGGCCACAUCGGCCAUCUCGAAUUGGGUGGUGGUUGGCCUGAGCAACGCCCAAAGGGACAUCCAGGAGUUUGUCUCGCUGCUGCAGAAGUCAGCCCGAGGAAUGGGCCUGCGCAUUGACCAGCCCCAAUGGAUGAACUUGGACGACGACAGAGUGAACUCGUGCGUGGGAGUGCUGGACAGAGUGCUGUCUCGAGACUUGCCGCAGAUCAUUCUAUUUCCAGUUUCUAACAAUCGCGCUGACCGUUACAGUGCCAUCAAGCGCAAGACUUAUGUCGACAGGGCAGUGCCGAGUCAGGUGGUUGCGUUGAAGACGCUGCGCAAGAAGGGCCUGAUGUCGAUUGCCACCAAAGUGGCCAUUCAAAUGUCGUGCAAAAUCGGUGGUUCGCCGUGGUCGGUGGACAUCCCGAUCAAGAGCACAAUGGUGAUCGGAUACGAUGUGUGCCACGACGCAAAGCAGAAGACAAAGUCGUACGGCGCACUGGUGGCCUCGCUGAACGCAUCGUGGUCGCGCUAUUACAGCAGCGUCACCCACCAUCAGCACGGUGAGGAGAUCUUCAAGGAUCUCCCAAUGAACAUUAUCAAAGCUAUCACCAAGUACCAGCAGCACAACGAAAAUCAGCUGCCGAACCGACUUCUCAUCUACCGCGACGGAGUGGGCGAAGGCCAGGUGAACAAGGUCUUCAGUCGUGAAGUGGAGGAUGUUGUCAACGCUUUGCAGGCUACGUACGGUGAGCAGGCGCCGAAGAUGGCGUUCAUAAUAGUGACGAAGAGGCUGAACUCUCGCAUUUUCCUGGGCAACGAGAACCCACCAGCGGGGACUGUGGUGGAUGAUGUGAUCACCUGCCCGGAGAAGUAUGACUUCUUCUUGAUUCCACAAUCGGUGCGCCAGGGCACGGUCAGCCCCGCCGGGUACAACGUCAUCUAUGACAAGUCGGGGCUCUCUGCUGAUCACAUGCAGCGCAUAACUUACAAGUUGUGCCAUCUGUACUUCAAUUGGUCGGGCACAGUUCGUGUACCGGCUCCCUGCCAAUAUGCUCACAAACUGGCCUUCCUGUGCAGUCAAAAUCUGCAUGGAAUCCCUAAUGAAGACUUGAGCGAUCUCCUCUACUUUUUGUAGACGAGACUACAUAAAGUAGUACGAGUCAACCAAAGACUGACUUUUUCGUAAGGUUGAACGGAUACAUUUUUUAGUACUUCCACUAUACGCAUAAAAUAAACGCGACCGAAUCCCAGUCGUGCUUACCAUCCUUUUGUACUGUGUACUCCAACAUACUUUCAACAUUCCAAGCUUCUCUACUAGAUGUAUUGAUGGUAUAUUGUUCAGAUUGCUUUAUACAUUGUGUGGGUUAAUGGGUAUUUUCAAAUAAGUUACCGGUUGGAAAUAAAAAGAAUUAUAAUUUUGCUUUUUGAGAAAAUGAAAGAUCCAACUGAUCAAUUCACGUUUGAGGAUAAUUUUCGCAUUUAUUUCAGUAGAAAUGCAAAGUCACAUUUUUCGAAUGCAAAGUUACAUUAUGUUUAAUUGAAGAAUCAUUUUCUUGAUACACCCUGCAAGAUAUAGUUAUAUUUUUUGUACAACUACAUUUAUAAUCGUGUAGAUUUCAUUUUUCACUUUACAAUCUUUGUUGAGUCUUCAACUCUAAAGUUUUGAAUUUGAUGAUUUUAUAAUAAUGAUUUUUCCUACAUGAACUUUGAAAUUGAUGAACAAGAUGUCCAUUAUGUCAGUCUGAUAUCAAUGUUUUUAAAUAAAUUUAAUGUAACUUACAGGGUAUAUAUUACUGCCAUUAUUUAUAGUUUUAUAUGAUAGGUUAAUAAUCAAAUAUAGAGUUGUUAUCAGAAUAUAUUUUGACUUACUGCAGAGAUUAUUAGACAGCCCUAUAGUGAGGUCCACGUUAUAAUAGCAGUGAAGGAAGAUACGAGAACAACGUUGCCAAAUUGACUCCAUUUUGCCACUGAGUGUACACAGCUUUUAUUCAAUUCACCCCAUUAAAUCUGAUCUGAUAUUAAUUCCUUUGAAUAAAUUAUCAAUUUCAUGUCAAAUUAAUUAAAUUCAUCCUUAAAAUAUUGUUUCCAUAAUUUGAUUCUAAACUUUGCUUUCCAUAACUGAGAUCAGAUUUACAAACCUGAAAUGGCGGCUAAUUUGAAAAGCUGUGAUUCACCAAUCUGAACUUCAAACAAAACAACAGCAAUUAAGUUAUUCGCUAGGUAUUCUAUUCCAAUCUCUUGAAAAAAUAAAAGAAAAAUAGAAAUCCUAUCCAUAAUAAGAUCGAAAUAAUCCUAAAAUAAGGUUUCAAUGUUAUUUAUACUGGUACCCAGAAGCAUGGACGAAGUCUAAGAUAGUCUAGAUAAGUUAUUAACUUUUAAAGUUGCAUUUCAAAUAUAAUUUGUGUUUCUCAUACGGUAAUAGCUAAAAAUAAUUUCAUUUAUCCAAAAAAAAAUCAAUAAUACGACUCAUGUACUUGAGCAUUUUGUUAUAAAUCAAAAUAAAACAUGGGAUUAUUUGUCUACCUCUGUACAGUCACUGUCAAAAGAGAAAUAAAAUAUUUUUGGCCAACUGUCAACAUUGCAAAGCUAGAGAGAGAUAGUGCUAUCUGUUGCAUGUCAGACAAGGAUAACAACACUAUUAACAAUCAUUCACUGCCAUUAUAACAUGGACCUCACUAUAGUACCCACUUACUAUAGUGAGGUCCACGUUAUAAUGACAGUAUUUGAUCGACUUUGGUUUUGCUAUCCUUGUCUAUCAUUCGACAAAGCCGGUGGUACUAUCCUUUUCUAGGUCCACAACGAUGCCAAUUAUGUUUUUGCCAGUGUAGAAAUAUGAUUAAUUAAUGCAGAGAAUCGGCAUCUCUAUUCUUCUAUCUUUAUUCACUGCCAUUAUAACGUGGACCUCACUAUAGUGGGCUUACCACUACUGCCAGGUUUAUAGUUGUAAUAUAAUAAUCUAAUUGAACGGCCUUCAAGAUGAGUAACAUUUUUUGAAAGUUCUUUCAAAUAUUGUAGUUUUUUUUAUCAUAUUGAAGAGAAAAAAUGUAUUAAUUAGAUCAAAACUUGAUCGAAACUUUCUCCAUUCUGUGACCUCCUUUUUGAAGUACAGCGUUUAUCUUUGGUUGAUGGAUUUUUUCUUGUGAUCUUUGAGGUGCUAAUGUACUCGUAUGUACACUACUUAUUAGCAGUAUUAGCAUUUAUUAAUUCUUGACUUGAUCUCACUCAAUCUCAUGCAUGUCAAGCAAGAUUCAUUUUAAAUUGCAAGAUUAUUUUUUUCAUUUUUCAUUAGUAUUUAAGAAUCUGUUUUGUUAAAACGACUUCACUUGAGAAUAUUUUUUCUUUAAGCUAUAAGAGUAAUAGAUGUUUCUUUAAAA